UAUAGUUAGAUAUCUUAGAUAAUCUUAGUCAAGUUAGACUUCUUUGUUUGGGGAAAUUAAUCUAUAUUGCAAAGCUCUUUUAUUUACACACAUGUUUGUGUAAACUCGGAUAGGUAGAAUGAGCUCCGAGGCUGUGUCCUGUCUCCUCAAUCAAGAGUCAGCCUUUACCAAGAAACAAGAAGUUCCUGUCGAACAUCUCGACUAUGGCUACAUUGAAAAAUGUGUCGACCUUAAGUAUUUGGAGAAGAUACUAAAGGUUCUUAGGUCAGGCAAAGAAGGUAUAUAUCCUCACCUGAUUGAAUUUUGUGAGAAGCACAUAGAGAAACUGGAUCCCAAAAGUCGCACCCUAAGGAAGCAGAAUGCUCCAGCUACAGCUGCUAGUUUCUCUAAGGAUGAAUGGAAACAGAUCACUGAUGACAUACAGAUGUGGGAGACAGACAUCAAAGUAAACGAAAUAGACCUCAGGCAGCCACCCUUAUUCAGUAAUUCUGGAAAUAUCCCACCAGUGCGAGGAUAUAACUUCUCAGUUCAGAAAGCAUCCAAUGCUAGAAUACAAAAUAAUUCAAAAAGGUCACCUCUCCCUCAAACAUACAAGGACUGGGACAAAUUUGAUGUUGAAAAAGAGUGUGCUAAAAUUGAUGAAAGUGUCACAAAGAAUUCUUUUCCUGCCAUUGUCAAUCACAGUCUGCCAAACAUCAAAAGGAUAAUUGACACAACAGCACUCACACGGCAGGAGAAAGCUGUUUUAGCACACCGUGAGAAGGACAAGGGCAAUGAUGCUUUCAGAGCAAGUGAUUAUGAGGAGGCUGUGGCCUUCUACACUAGAAGUGUGUCCUUCCUGCCAACGGCUGCAGCCUAUAAUAACCGGGCCCAGGCGGAGAUCAAACUGCAGCGAUGGCAUGAUGCAAUGAGCGACUGUGAGAGGGUGCUGCACCUGGAGCCUGAAAAUACCAAAGCUCUGCUGCGCCGUGCCACUGUGCACAAACACCUGGGGAACCUGCUCAUGGCCCAUGAUGACCUCACUGUUGUGAUGCACUUGGAGCCACACAAUGUGACUGCACAGAGUCUCCUGAGGGAUGUCAGUAAGAACAUAAAAGUCGACAUGCAGGACAAACCAAGCAAGAGCACAAAGCUUCUCAUCCAAGAAGUGGAAGAGGAAGAAUAUGAUGAAGAUGAGAGAGAAAUACCAGAUAAUGAUCAGACUGUUGUUCAGGAGGCAGUAAGAGGGGACAUGGGUUGGGACAGACAAAAGGUGCAGGCAGAGGGAGUGACAGAGACUGUGAAGGAGGAGGGCCUUACCAGUGACACCACAGCUCAGCAGGAUGGCAGCAAUAUGACUGUCCCUGCUUGGGCCACAGCAGAGCGGAACUGUGUACCUGGAGCGCUCCCUCCAGUAGUGGCCCAGCUGAAGAGUGAAGGGAACCAGCUUUUCAAGAUUGGACAGUUUGUAGCUGCUCUGGAGAAGUACACGCAGGCAAUUAAAAAGUUCACAGAAGCAGGCCUCAGCAGUCCAGAGGAUCUGUGCAUAUUGUACUCAAACAGAGCUGCCUGUUACCUGAAGGGUGGCAGCAGCUCUGACUGCAUAGCAGACUGCAACAGAGCCCUGGAGCUGCAGCCAUUGAAUGUGAAGGUAUUACUGCGCAGGGCGAUGGCAUAUGAGUGUCUGGAGUACUACCACAAAGCCUACAUGGACUACAGAAACGCCCUGCAGAUCAAUAGUAGAAUUCCUGUUGCCCACAACAGCAUCAACAGGAUUACUCGCUUUCUAGCAGAGAUGGAUGGUCCUGACUGGAGGCAGAAGCUGCCAGUCAUCCCACUGUUGUCCAGGAGACAAGCUCCACCCUCUGCACAGUUAGUGACUUGCACACAAGGACAAACACAGGAGGCAGCCAGGACAGCAAAGGAAAGCUUCACUUCCAUGAAGAAAGAAGGAGAUGAGUUGAUGAAGAAUGGCCAUUACCAGGAGGCAACAGUGAAAUACAGCAAAUGCCUUCAAAUCCAAGCAGAUGAAUGUGCUGUUUAUACCAGCAGAGCUCUCUGCUUUAUUAAACUAGAGCGCUUUGCUGAAGCCAAGCAAGACUGCGACUCUGCCAUAAAACUUGAGCGUUCCAAUAAGAAAGCCUUCUACAGACGUGCCUUGGCCCAUAGGGGCUUAAAGGAUUAUGUGGCAUAUAUCUUAGAUUUGCAGGAGGUUCUACAUUUAAAUGCAAGUGUGCAGGGGACUGAGUGUGAGCUGGCAGAGGUCACGGUCCUGCAGGCGGAGGUCAUGGCCAUGUUGAGAGAACAGCACGACAUAGGAUUUCCCAUAAAGCCUCGCAAGAGCGUAGUUAUCACUGAGGUGGAGUGGGAGGAUGAUGAGAGAGAGGCAACAGAGAGCAGCUGGGAGGCAGGGCAGAGGAGCAGUGGUCAGUACAUGAACCUGCAGCCGUCCAGCGUGUAUGAGUUUGGCCAGGUGCUAAAUGCAGCUUGUUCACAUAAAGACACUGCAGCCUGUGCUCAACUGCUUUGCAGUAUCACACCAGCCAAACUCCCCAAGUACAUCAGCACACAUCUGGAUGCACAUACCCUCAGUUUCAUCUUUCAGGCAUUGGACCUGUUCCUUCUGUCAUCUGAGCCCAAUCUGGUCUACCAGAUCCUCAGUCACCUCCACACCACUGAAAGGUUCUCGGUGGUGCUGAUGCUUCUGGAUUCAGAUGAGAAGAGGCAGAUGAUAGAGCUGUUUAAGCACAUGUGCUCUGUGGAGAGUGAGCUGUUCUCUCAAAGUGACAUCCAAAGUCUGGAAAAUAAAUACAUCUGCAUGAAGCAGUAUUAACAGAGAUCACACUGGACACAAAACAAACAACAACACAGACGCAACACAACAUAUUCAAUUCCAGACUCAACACUACAUACUUAACAAAUAAAUGCAAUACCACAGACUGAACACAACAAACUCAACACCACAAACUCAAUACCACAGACUCAAAACAACACAACUAGUCCAAUCCUGCACAACCCAGUAGAGCACAGCCAAACUGUACAUCCAUUCUGAGACUAUUGCAAGUACAUGGUCCCUGGAUUCUGCAUAACAUAAGACCAUUUGAUUACAAAUAUUAAGAGAUAUUGUGAGACAAAAAAUGCCUGGUCUGGCAGAAUCUUACUUAAAUACUUAAAUCUGCCUUCUGGUUUUGUAAUGCAAAUUGUGUCACAUUAUGAAAAAGGGGUUUUCUGAUGACUAGAUUAUGGAGUUGCCAGUAUCCGCACCCAAUUUAAACCCAUUUGACAAUUAUGAAUAUUUCUGAAGCAGCAUGUUUAUUCCGGUAGACCUCAAUACCAGUGCAAAUUUAUUCCAGUGUACAUCAAUACCAGUGCAAAGAUGCUCUCUGGGUGCCAAAGUAACAUCAGCAAGGACACAAUACAUUUUUUUUUUUUUUUUUUACUCACCAGCACUAUAGAUUUGACUAUGAAAUGAAAGGAUCCUAUGUAGGCAAAUAGAUAGGUAUAUUUGAACAAUGUGCAUUCAAUUUGGGAAAUAUUAUUUUAAUCUUGUUUGAAACGUCUUAUGUCAUUUGCAUAAAUAAGUGUAAAGGCAUUGUCCAGUAUAAUAUUUGAGAAAUUAUUUUUCUGUUGACCUUGUGUUUUGGAAAUUUAAAAAGGGGAAUACACUGAACAGUGAUUAAACUCAAACAGCAAUGUCAAACCAACAGAAAAGGGUUACUAUUACUGACAAAUUGAACCUUUAUGAAUUCCAUAGUUUGAAAACUGGCACUGGAAAUCAUUCUAAACCCCCUGUAUAUUAAGUAUUACAUCCUAUUUUAAGUAUUACAUCAACAAAAGCUUUUACAGGUGUUUACAAAGAUAUAUCUAUUGGAAUGUUAAUGUAAUACUUUAUUGAAUUCCAAGUAUAUAAACAUGCUCCAUCUUAAAUUUGCAUUGCUGUCAAUAAUACUUGUGCACACAUUUAGGUCCACUUCCAAUCUCAUUACUUUAUUAAAAAACAUCUUUCUUAUACCUA